CUCACGUCUGUAAUCCCAGCCCUUUGGGAAGCAGAGGCGGAUGGAUCAUCUGAGCUCAGGAGUUUGAGAUCAGCCUGGCCAACAUGGUGAAACCCCGUCUCUACUAAAAAUACAAAAAUUAGCCGGAUGUGGUGGCAUACACCUGUAAUCCCAGCUACUCAGGAGGCUGAGGCAGGAAAAUUGCUUGAACCCGGGAGGCAGAGGUUGCAGCGAGCCAAGAUCGCACCACUGCACUCCAGCCUGCGUGAGAAGAGCGAAACUCCAUCUCAAAGAAAAAAAAAAAGAAUAUAUGUUAAAUUAGAGGCUCUAAGCCCACUUGGUAAACAGAGGCAACAAUGCUGACAAAUAAUGUUAAAUUAUGUUAUUUCACUAAAGUUUUAAAUAUGGACAAAAAUAUACAAAAAUUAACACAAAAUGGAUUAAAAACUAAAUGUUAACAUCUGAAAACCAUAAAACUAGAAGAAAACAUAGGGGAAAAUCUUCAUGACACUGGACUAAGUGAUGAUUUCUUGGCUAUGACACCAAAAGCACACAUGCACAACAAAAACAAAAACAGACGCUUCUCUGAGAAAACACCAAAUGGCGGAUGACGCUGGUGGCGGCCGGCGGUGGGGAUCGCCUGGGAUGGGGAAACGCGGUGGCUUCCGCGGAGGUUUUGGCAGUGGCAUCCGGGGCCGGGGCCGGGGCUGAGGCCGCGGCUGAGGCUGCAGAGCUCAUGGAGGCAAGGCCAAGGAUAAGGAGUGGAUGCCUAUCACCAAGCUGGGCCGCCUGGUCAAGCACAUGAAGAUCAAGUCCCUGGAGGAGAUCUAUGUCUUCUCCCUGCCCAUGAAGGAAUCUGAGAUCACUAACUUUUUCCUGGGGGCCUCUCUCAAGGACAAGGUUUUGAAGAUUAUGCCGGUGCAGAAGCAGACCCGCGCUGGCCAGCGCACCAGGUUCAAGAUGUUUGUUGCCAUUGUGGACUACAAUGGCCACAUCGGUCUGGGUGUUAAGUGCUCCAAGGAGGUUGCCACUGCCAUCCACGGGGCCAUCAUCCUGGCCAAGCUCUCUAUUGUCCUUGUGCACAGAGGCUACUGGGGGAACAAGAUCAGCAAGCCCCACACCAUCCCUUGCAAGGCGACAGGCCGCCACGGCUCUGUGCUGGUGCGCCUCAUCCCCACGCCCAGAGGCACUGGCAUCCUCUCAGUGCCUGUACCCAAGAAGCUGCUCAUGAUGGCUGGUAUUGAUGACUGCUAUACCUUAGCCAGGGGCUGCACUGCCACCCUGGGUAACUAUACCAAGGACACCUUUCAUGCCGUCUCUAAGACCUACAGCUACCUGAUCCUCGACCUCUGGAAGGAGACUGUAUUCAUCAAGUCUUCCUGUCAGGAAUUCACUGACUACCUCGUCAAGACCCACACCAGAGUCUCCAUGCAGAGGACCCAGGCUCCAGCUGUGGCUACAACACAGGGUUUUUAUACAAGAAAAAUAAAGUGAAUUAAGCCUGAGGAAAAAAAAAAAAAAAAGACUACAGUCAUAUCACUUAACAAUGGGACACAUUCUGAGAAAUGCAUUGUUAGCUAUUUUGCUGCUGUGCGAACAUCAGAGUGUACUUACACAAACCUAGGUAGUAUACAUUUUUAUUUAUAUUUUUUUCACAUGGAAAACCAAAUGUCCCAGCACCAUCACUGAAUAUUAAUCAUUUCCUCUACUUGAUCUACAACGCAGUAUGCUCUAUUAUAAUCUUACGGGCCCACUGUCAUAUAUUUGGUCCAUCACUGACCAAAAUGUCAUCACGUAGCACAUGACUAUACAUUAAACUUAAAAACUUUGGCACAGCAAAGACGAUCAACAGAGUAAAAAGGCAACCCAAAGAAUGGGAAAAAAUAUUUGCAAACCAUAUAUUGAAUAAGAGGUUAAUAGUCAGAAUACAAAGAACCACUAGAACUCAAUCACAAAAAAAAAUAGCCUAAUUUAAAAAUGGGCAAAGCCGGGAUCAUGCCACUGCACUCCAGCCUGGGCAAGAAAGAAGAUCCUGUCUCAAAAAAAUAAAAUAACUUAAAAGUAAAUAAAUAAAUGGGCAAAGCAUGAAUAGACAUUUCUCCAAAGAUUAUAUACAAAUGGCCAGCAAGCAUAUGAAAAGAUGCUCAACAUCACUAAUCAUCAGGAAAAUGCACAUCAAAAACACAAUGAGAUAUCACCUUAAACCAAUUAGAAUGACCACUAUCAAAACAACAACAACAAAUAACAAGUGUUACCGAGGAUGUGAAGAAAUUGGAACCCUUAUGCACCGUUGGCAGGCAUGUAAAAUGGUACAGCUGGUAUAGAAACCGGUAUGAAAGUUCUUCAAAAUAAGACUACCAUAUGAUCCAGGAAUCUCACUUUUAGGUAUAUAUCCAAAAGAACUGAUAGCAAGGAUCUUGAAGAGAUAUUUGCACACUCAUGUUCAUUACUGCAUUUAUUGACAACAGGCAAAAUGUAAGAGCAACCUUCAAUGUCCAUCAAUGUAUGAAUGGAUAAAGAAAUGUGAAUAGCCACGUGCAGUAAUCCCAGCACUUUGGGAGGCCGAGGCGAGUGGAUCACUUGAGGUCUGGAGUUCGAGACCAGCCUGACCAACAUGGUGAAACCCUGUCUCUACUAAAAAUACAAAAAUUAGCCAGGUGUGGUGGUGUGUGCCUGUAAUCCCAGCUACUCGGGAGGCUGAGGCAGGAGAAUCACUUGAACUUGGGAGGCAGAGGCUGCGGUGAACCGAGAUCAAGCCACUGCACUCCUGCCUGGGCAACAGAGCGAGACUGUCUCAAAAAAAAAAAAAAGAAAAAAGAAAAGUGA